GAGAAGACAGAACGUUAAUUCUGUGGUAUUCACUGGGGAAUCUUAAGAGGGGCAGUAAGAGAUAUCUUGAGCUGAGAGUUCUUCUUCUUAAGGUGGCAUAUAGGAUUUACUUCCUCUUUCCAAGUAACUCUUUAGCGUAUAAAGUGCCUUUUUCUCUGUAGUUAAUGACUUUAUAUCUUUUCACAAGAUGGAGGGCUGACGUAGAUUAAGAUUGCUAUGGUGAAUUUUAGAUUCCUUUACAAUUAUAUUGCUUUGAAAAUUUACUUCUUGCUGAUAGCAGAGGGAUUCCAUGACUGAGGCAAUUGCUGACAAACAAAACAUCUAGCUGUUUUUUGAGCUUGAUGUGUACUGGACUGCUUUUCAAGACUCACUUUACAAUUAUGCAAACAUCUCAGGAACACCAUGGUUCGGCCAGUUUCCAUGGGCUGUACAACCAGCCUUUGCAAGAAAUUGAUCCCAUUUAUUUGUCUCAGUUCCAGAUUUUAGAAAACAAUGCCGACCCAGUUAUUGGCAACCAAGGAACAAGUGUUUCCUUCGAACACUCUAAGGGACAAUACUUCACCCUGGAAUCAUCCCCAGCAACUGCUGGUUAUAUUUUCUGCGAUUCCCCUUCUAUAACUAGUGGCUUGUCUAACAGAAGUCCCUUUUCGCCCCAAGUUUCUCCAUCUUGCAUUUCAGAUCCACAUCAUUCCUCUGAUAACACCUAUGGAUCUCCAGUAAGUGGCUCUUCUGUUGCUGAUAAUGGCAAUGAAUUGAAGCACUUUCUCAAGGAAGUGGAAGUUUUAUUGCUGGGUUCUGAAUCAGAUACUGUCAACAGUUGCUCUAACUGUCUCAAUAGUGGGAUCCCCCAAGCCACCUCCAUGUCGAGGUGGGAUUGGAAUCAACUAGUCAGGUUAGAUCUGAGUCAGAUGCUCCUUUGCUGUGCAGAGGCGGUAUCCCGUAAUGAUGUCUCAACAGCAUUUAAUUUAAUGGAAGUGUUGGGGAAGAUGGUGUCGAUCUCUGGGGAGCCAAUACAACGAGUGGGUACUUACAUGUUGGAAGGGCUUAGAGCAAAGUUAGAGCAUUCGGGAACUGUUAUCUACAGAUCCCUGAAGAAGUGCGAAGAACCAACAAACUCAGAGCUAAUGUCAUACAUGUCUAUCAUUUAUCAGAUUGGCCCUUAUUGGAAGUUUGCUUACAUGUCUGCAAAUGUUGUCAUUGGGGAAGUUAUGGCAAAUGAACCCAGAAUCCACAUCAUUGAUUUCCAGAUUGCACAGGGCAGUCAGUGGAUGCUUCUCAUGCAGGCUCUUGCAAAUCGGCCUGGUGGGCCCCCCCUUGUCCGCAUCACUGGUGUUGACGAUUCCCAAUCAAUUCAUGCUCGAGGUGGAGGACUUCAUAUUGUAGGGCAGAAGCUGUCGCAGUAUGCGGAGUCAUGCAAAGUACCAUUUGAAUUUCAUGCUGCCCCCAUGUCUGGUUGUGAGGUUGAGCUAGAAAAUCUGAGUAUUCGACCUGGGGAAGCCCUGGCUGUUAAUUUCCCAUACGUGUUGCACCACAUGCCAGAUGAGAGUGUGAGCACACAGAAUCAUAGAGAUAGACUGUUGAGGCUGGUUAAGAGUUUGUCUCCCAAAGUUGUGACCAUUGUUGAACAAGAAUCCAACACCAACACUUCCCCAUUCCUCUCGAGGUUCAAGGAGACACUGGAAUAUUAUACAGCCAUGUUUGAAUCAAUUGAUGCGGGUUCACACCAUGUGGCUCUCCCAAGAGAUGACAAGCAGCGGAUCCGUACAGAAGAGAACUGUGUGGCUCGCGACAUAGUAAACAUGAUAGCUUGUGAGGAUGCUGAGAGGGUGGAACGGCAUGAACUUCUAGGAAAGUGGAGGUCAAGACUUUCAAUGGCAGGGUUUGCUCCAUAUCCGUUGAGUUCCUCUGUGACUCACGUUGUUAAGGAUCUGUUGAAGGACUAUAAUGAGAAUUUUAGACUUGAAAAGAGGGAUGGGGCUCUGUACCUGCACUGGAAGAACAGAUCUAUGGCAACCUCUUCCGCUUGGAGGUGAAAAUGGUUGCUCUGCAAAACUCUGUAAAUCUUUUUUUUUUUCCUUUUCUUUUUAUGACUUCUAGAGAUUGAGAGACACUGUUAUCUGUAGUUCUGUAGAAUUGAGAGUAGCACUGUUUCCAGACACACCUAUUGUAGAGCAUAUAUCUGAAUCUCCAAAUUCCCUGUA